AUGCGAGGAGGCCAAGGCCGCCUGCGGACUCGCAAAACCGCCCCCCGUGUCCCGCAACUCCCGUUCGUAAACAGCACCCUAGCCGGGCCAUCGCAACAGCAACAACAACAACAACAGUCUCUCUCUCUGCUCCGGUGGUUCCAGGAGCAACGGCGGCAGCUUGUCAAAGUCGAGAAAUCUAUCAUAAAAUUCUCAUCAGAUCCCAUCACUCCUCAUCCCUCGUCCGCCAUCGUGCCGUUCAGCAACGCCUUCAAAAUGCGUUUCGGAUCCGUCCUCGUCUUUGCCGCAGCUCUCGCUGUCCAGGCCCGCAAGAGCCACGACGCCCACAACUGCUGCAGACGGAAUUUCGAUGGCACCUGGUCCUAUGAUGAAAGUCUUACCAAAGAUACGUGCGCAAACUACUACAAAGACACGGGAGUUUUUACCUCGGGCGUUUGCCUGCAACGACCCGGCGUCGAGAUCGAUGGUAAUGGCUUUUUGGGAAACUGCCAGCGACAAGCAGGGCCCAAUUCCCGAGACCAGAUCGGGGCUGGGUACCACGAAGCUUGUUAA